AUGGGUGAAGCAUCUAAUUUUGGGACACCUCCCUACGCCGUAGAUGCGAAAGCGAACCUGAAACCCUAUCGAAUCGCUGUGCCACAGGAGGAGAUUGCAAAGCUGCGCUUACUUCUUGAAGACUACUCAAUUGCAGCCCCGAACUGGGAAAACUCGCAGGCAGAUGGUCGAUUUGGCGUGACAAGGCAAUGGUUGACCAAUGCAGUAGAUUACUGGCAAAAGAGCUAUGACUGGAAAAGGUGGGAAGAUGAGUUCAAUUCCUUCCCACAAUACACGAUUGAUGUCGAAGAUACGAAUGCAACCGUUUAUACCAUUCGUUUCAAUGCGCUUUUCUCCCGUCGACCGAAUGCAGUGGCCAUCGCGUUCUUCCAUGGCUGGCCUGGAUCGGCAUUGGAAUUUCUACCGCUUCUUAAACUAGUCAGGAAAAAGUGGCAUACACCAAAAGAACUGCCUUAUCAUAUCAUUGUUCCGGACCUGAUUGGAUUUGGAUUUUCGUCACCUCCAGCAAAAGAGUAUGACUUUACUGCCUCUGACCAUGCUCGAAUCACAUCGCGCAUGAUGCAUGACCUCGGAUUUACCCCAAAAAAUGGUGGCUACGUCCCUCAAGGGGGCGACGUUGGUAGCUUCCUAGCACCAAGACUUGCAGAAAUUGAUCCCGCCGUUCGCCUUGUUCAUGUUAACAUGCUUCUCCUGGUUCCGCCUCCCGGCACAGAUAUCCAGGCAGACAUUGAAGAAAAGAAAUACACGCCGGAUGAAAUAGCUUCACUCCAGCGUGGCGCCCAAUUCCAGGCCUCUGGAGGCGCUUAUGUAGCCAUCCAGGGCACCAGACCGGCCACAGUAGGAUUUGCUCUCGGAAGCACACCUGUGGGCUUACUGGCAUGGAUAGGUGAAAAGUUCCUUCAGUGGUCAGAUCCGGAGACGACACCGACAUUGGAGGAGAUCCUAACAAACGUCUCCUAUUACUGGUUUUCUAGAUGUUAUCCUACGUCCCUCUGGAUAUAUCGCUUGGUGGUAUCACAGGGCCUAAAUAUGUGGUCGGUUUCUGGAAACGAAAAAGCGCCAAUAGGAUACUCUUGGUUCAAGGGAGAGAUCAGCAACCCACCGAAGCCCUGGCGCGAUCACGUCAAAGUCAUCACAUGGUUCCGGGCUCAUGACAAGGGAGGACAUUUUGCCGCCCUUGAGCAGCCUGAAGCCUUGUGGCAGGAUGUGGAAGACAUGGUGCACUACUUUGGCAUUGGAAAGACCUAG